ACAUCGUUCUCAAUAUCUAAAUUUGGUAAAAGGAAAAAAUAUAUUGAAACUUCCUUUACCUAAUGUAUUAAUUUGUUUUGGAGAGUUAUGACAAUGAUGUUAGCAGGAUGAAAUCUAUAGCGAUUUUAUUUACGUUUUGUCACCUACAAAGUUAUUUCCACAUCGCUGAAUCCUGUAGAGAUGAGAAAACUGAAAAGUGUUGUUUCAAUUUUCACGAGACUGAAAAUGGAAAGUGCGAAGAGUGCCUUAUUGGGACGUUCGGCGUCAACUGCAGUGGUCGGUGCCCUCUGGGAUACUUUGGGAGGCUAUGCAAUGAAAUGUGUGUUUGCAGGGCUGAUGAGUGCAAUGCCACAUAUGGAUGUUCACCAGAAACAGACUGGUCAACAUUGCUCACAUCAAAAGUACUGAUAAUGGAAUCGGUGUCUUCAAGCCCACCCCAGCCUAUUCCUUCGAGCACUUGGGAAAGAACAACAUUUAUUUUGUUAGGGAGUAUUGGAAUGUUGGUCCUUGUUGGAAUGAUAUACUGCUUUAAGCUUCGGUUCAGUAAAACCAGACGCAGUGUGUAUCCUAACUGUAGAGGUACCCAUACGGAACCUUCAGCUUCCGUCAAUGUGGAUAAUUCAGCACAUAUCGGCUGUUCAACGACAAACGACCUUGACAAAAAACAGGUCGGGGGCAGUCAAACCUACCAAGACAUCGAUGAAUCAGUACAGAAACAGGUGACGUGUGAUAAUGCCUACUGCUUUCGAAAAAACAGCGAUGAUAAAUACGAUUUACACCCUGAUUGUUUGGAAAAUGAUGUCAACUCCUUGGGGAAUGGACAAGCUUGCUAUCCUAACCCUUUACCUUCAGCGUUAAGUGUCUCUGAACAAAAGAUGAUUGCUCCAAAACCUCAGGGAAUGAUGGAUACCGAACUAAGACCAUACAGUUCUGUAAAGUACAACCGAUCUGACGAAAGGACUGUAACAGUUCAGACAAAUACACAGUAUCAAUGGCUGCUACUUCAUAGUGCAGGAAAGCAAGAACAACAAACACGCCAUCGAGAAACAUUCCAGGAUAAGGCAUCAAUAGGAUUCUCCAAUUUUAAAGGAAAUGCGAGUCUUGCCGUAUCGGAUCGUACAGAGAAAAAGUUACCUUCUUUGAUAUAUCGCGACUCUAAUGUAAGCAACUCCACUGCUUGUGUACGCUGCAAAGAGUAUAGGGAAUGUAAAGAAGGGGGUUUGUUAACACACAGAGCGGCCACCGAUGAUUCACACGGCCAGACACAGGAUGCUGACGAACUGCAAUCUUCACCAAAUGAGAAGGAUAAUGUACCUGAUAAUUAUCUGUAUAGCACAUCGUCAUUACGAAUGAGAGUCCAUUCAACAGAAACAGUGCGCAUUUGCAGUAAUAAAAAUUUCGAGGAGGAGGAUCAGAAAAAUUAUUGGCCAUGCACCACAAUUGAUAUCUCCAAACCUAAUAGCGAUGGUGGUUCAUUACCGAAUGAAAAGGAUGACCAUGCAUAUGAAAGCUUAAAUCUGUACGAAGAUCUUGACUUCACUGAGUAGGAAGAUUUGGAGAUCCUUUUAAGAUUGUCCUUAUCAGUUGAAAAGCAUGUCCUGUUUGUCAAAUAUACUUUUGCAUUUCUUAUAGUCAUUCGUAUCAUUUUCAUACCAUAUUUACUUCGUAUGUGCACUUAACCCGCCACAUUCAACGUUGAGAUUAAGUACUUGUUUCAAUAGUAGAUGGGGGAAGGAACAUUAUUGUACAUCAGAAAGACCCUGGGAACGACGAUUUCAUAACGCAUAACAGAGAUAGAGAGAAAUUGAUAGAGAGUGUGUUUGUGCAAUCGUUAUGAUUUUAGAAAUAAAAAUAUGUUUUACUGUGAUGUCAUUUCGUGACGUUGCACGCGCUCAUAGUUGCCACUAUUCGGAAUCAAUACAUGGCUGAUUAUUUGUUUUUGUCACGAUUUAACUUCUCCGCUAUACAGGAUUGAUUUUAUAUACUUAUGUAUUAACAUGGGAUUUAUUGAUUCAUUUUUAUUCAUAUUUGAAUUGGUUAUUUCAUGAUGUUGGAUAGAGUAACUUAUAUCAAUAAACACUGCCAUUCAUUACAUCAAAGUCGCCCAUUUUCAUUAUGUUUUAUUAUUGAUGAUUCGCCUUUUCAUUAACAGUUAUUUUAUUCAUAACAAAUGUGUCAUGUACAUUGUAAAUUUCGGAGAUGAGUUGAAUAAAUUUACAGCGGUGAA